ACAUCCAUCCUUAAAUAUAUUGUCUGCCCACAACUAUCUUUCUAGCUACCUCUCCCCCCCCCCUCUCUCCAACUCUCUCUCGAAAUCUCUCCCAAAAUCUCUCCUACUCCCCUGUCUCUCUCUCUAUGGCAAAAACUCCAGCUGUGAAUAAUGAUCCUGAAACCCUAAACUUCCAGACAUGGGUUUUGAAGGUCUAUAUCCAUUGUGAAGGCUGCAAGAAGAAAGUGAAGAAAGUUCUGCAGUCCAUUGAAGGUGUUUACAUGACGGUGGUUGAUUCGGAGGAGCACAAAGUUACGGUCACCGGAAACGUGGACGGGCAGCAACUUAUCAAGAAGCUUCUCAAGUCCGGCAAACAGGCUGAGCUUUUACCUCAAGUUUCACAACAGGUUGAGAAGAGCCCAAACAAGUCCAAGAAGAACAAGCCUCAGGGCCAGCCCAAACUUAAUCCCGACAAUAAGCCCAACAAUUCAGGCGGAAAGCCCGAAUCCCCGGGUCAAGAGGGCGCGAGUACCAAAAAAGAGACCCUAAACGGGUCGGGUCAGGACCCGGAGGAGAACCCCGAACCCGGAAAUGCAGAGGAGGGUUUAGUGGAGAAUGGGGUUGGUGGAAAUGGUAAUGGCGGUGGUAAGAAAAAGAAGAAAGGGCAGAAUGGUAAUAACACUGCAAAUGCCGGAGGAAAUGGAAACAAUGGGGCAAGUAAUGCCCUCGGUGGUGUUGGAGCUCCGAAGUCUGCACCGGGUAUGAUGAACCCGGUGCCCCAACCACCACCUAUGGGCCCGAUAAAUAUCGGGCCUCCAAUCGAACAACUAUAUCCAUAUCCGAUCAACCCGUACCCGGUUCAGCCACCGAUGUACGGGUUGAGUUACAAUACCACCUAUCCUACUACUAGUUCAUCCUACUAUGCUCCUCCAAUGUACGAUUACACGUACUCGAGAUCGUAUCCAUAUCCGUACCACGCGCUCCCGUACCCGGACCAAGCCAAGCCAUACACUCCCAAUGGCUAUGAUCAAGAAGAAGAUCAAAGUGCAUGCUCCAUAAUGUGACACAAAGUGGUGUACUUAGUACUAUAUGAUAUAAUGUAUACUAGUAGUAGUAUAAAAGAUGGUGAAAAGCAUGCAUCAAUGUGUUUUGUAUGGGUUAGCUCAUUAGUCUUUUGGUUGUAAGGUUUGUGUAAUAGUGGUACUCUUUAAUCACUCAUGUUAAAGUGAUCUGCUACCUAGUGGUACUCUUUUGAGUUUGAAAUAGUGGUUCCUCUUGCGUAGCUAUGUAGUUUUAUUGGCUACUUUUUUCUUUAUAAAAGUUGAAUAUCAGAUCUUUAGGUGCAA